AUGUCCCCAACACCUUCGUCCACAAAAAAGAAACGGCAUGCAGCUACACAAAAUCUUGUAAAACGUCAUGAAAAUAAAGAAAAUAUCAUUCCGCCUUCAUCCUCCGUCUCUAAUCCGAAAUCUCCAUCCGUCACCCCGAGAGAAAGUCGUCUUCUUAACGUCACUAACACACCCAAAAGAGGAAUAUCCGAAUCACCUGUCGAUACCCCACGUCACACACCUUACAAUGUUUAUUCAUACAGAAAACGUGCGUUUACGGGUCCGUCGUGCCAAAAACUAUCGUCAUACGCAUCAAAAAUGACUGCCGACACCGCGAAGAAUGUCAACGAUCAUUAUCAAGUUAUUCACAACUCUCUUUUGAUCGAAUUGAUGCAACAAACAGUAUGUGAUGGAUGUGAAUCAAAAUAG